AUGUUUGCAUCUCGCCUGUCCCGAUCGCUCCGCUCGAUCGAGAUCUUUGUCUGGCCCGAAUGCAUCGUUCUCGCAUCAGAUCGAUGGGACAUGACAAUGGUUCCUGGUUUGGCUCACUCGCCAUCUUCACCGGCAGCACGCGGCCACCAUGGACAUGACGAACACAACCACUGCUACCGCCGCCGCCAACGUCACCAAGCCCCCGGGUGGGAGGCCGCCGAUGACCCCCGAGCAGCAAGACGUCAUGCAGCAACAGCUCUUUCUGUACCAGCAGUACCAAAUCCUCCAGACGGUGUACACGAUGACGUACGCGGUCAUGUUCUUCCUCACAGUCGCGCUCAUCAUCUACCUCCGUCGAAGCCGAACGUCCGCCUUCAACGGAGACGUCGUCGCCACCCACAAAGUCAUCUUGCCAUCGUUUGAGCCGCUCUUUUGGGUCAUCGCGUGUUCUACGGGCAUCUACACAACGUACUUCCUCGUCGCGUCGGCUCUCAGCUACACCAAGCCCAUCACGAGUCGCUGGUUUGGGGAGUUGCUCGUCCAGGGGCGGCAGUUCAUCUUGUACUUGAUCGUGGCGUUCCUGUGCCAGCGCAGUGUGUCCCAGCCGGCGCUUGUUCGGUCUAUCUUGAUUGCGCUCGUCAUGGCGACCGGUCCCGUCGUCGUCGUGCACGCGCUCGACGUGACGAACCAAGACGCGGUCGUCCAACUCGUCCUUGUGGCGUCGUACCGGACAAUCCUCAUGGGGGGCUUUGUCUACCUCAUCUUCCGCCCGUUGCCCCGCGCCAGCGUCCGGACGCAGCAAGAGCUGUGCGUGUUUGCGCUCGUGUACUACGUCAUCGUGUACGUGUACUCGUUUUUGUUUUACGACAAGGACUACCACAACGGGAUGAUGCUGGUCUUCUGCGCUGUUGUGUGGGCCACGUUCGGGCCGUUCUUUGUCUGGCGCCUCCUGAAAGCAGACACUCAGCACUGGCGCGGCCUCAGCGACCGCGCGUGUGGCUUUCAGCAGCUCUUUCGCGAGAACCAAGGGAUGCAGGAGAUUGUGUCGGCCCAGGGACUCCACGUCCUGUUGGAAAUGCACCGAAAGGACGUCGUGGACUUUUCCCAUUUGAACAUUCAGCAGCGAAUGGCGUCGGGCGCGUCGGCGGACGUGUACCGCGGCGUCCUCCACUCGACCAAGCAAGUCGCUGUCAAGGUGUACUCGCCGACCGAGAUCUCCGAGACCACGAUCUUGGAGUUCUCCCAGGAAGCGGCACUGUGCGCGGCGCUCAAGCACCCCAACAUCGUGUUCUUCCACGGCAUGUGCAUUUGCCCACCGUCCAUCUGCUUAAUCUACGAACUGUGCCGGGGCAGCCUCGACGACGCGCUGCAGAAACCGCAAGCCGAUUACGUCGAGCCGCUCUGGCCCAAGCUGUGCUACAUGCUCGACGCGGCCCGUGCCGUCGCGUUCCUGCACAGCUUCUCGCCGCCAUUCAUCCAUCGCGACAUCAAGCCGGCCAACUUCCUCCUGGACGCGAGCAACGUCAUCAAGCUCACAGACUUUGGCGAGGCGCGCAGCAUGGCGUUUACGAUCGAAGACAUCGCCAACGACGACCGGUCUAUGACGGUCCGAGGCACUGUCGACUACAUGGCCCCCGAAGUCAUUGACGGCAAACAGGGGAAAGCGCUGUACACCGAGACGGCGGACAUCUACAGCCUGGCCAUCACGAUGUGGGACAUCCUCCACCCCGGCCAAGAAAAGUACCCGAGCAGCAACCACAACCACUUCAACAUCUUUCGCAUGGUAGUGGACGGCCAGCGGCCCCCAAUCGACCCCGAGAUCCCGCAGACGCUCCACGACUUGCUCGAGAACUGCUGGAACGCCGAUCCUGUCUUCCGUCCGUCGGCCAAGAUGGUCGUUGCCGUGCUCGAAGACAUGCACGACGACUUGUGUGGCCAAGUGUCGCACGAGCUGUCCGGCGCGGUGCCGUAUUUGUCGACUGUAAAGUCCAAGAAAGGAGCGUCCGCCACGUCGACGUUCUCGGGGGCAGCCCUCGUGCAAUGCCUCAUCCAACACGGGUAUGCGUUCGAGGUGGAGGAAGCCAUUCGGUUCGGCAACUCUCUCAUGGACGCGGGGUGUUUGCAUCACGUCAAGCACAACGUGCCGUUUGAAAACUCGACCACGACCUUGUACACGUUCGACACGUACCAGCUCGAAUUGAAUGAGCCGAUCGAAGACUCGACGACGGCAGCCGGCGGCAGCACCAUGGGCGACGGAAGUGGCGCGUACGCAGGCACGUCCAUCCUCGGCGACGUGAAUGCCAUGUGCGCUUGCCGAAAACUCGGGCAAGGGCAUGUCAAGCCCAAGGGGCUUCGAAAAAAGCUAUUUCGCGCCCGAAAGGACGACAACAAUCCCAUGGCCCUCGCCGUCAACCUGCUCCACCAUGCGGGCAACGACAUGGACUUUGUCGAGUUUCCCUCCACGACGACCAGCGUGUCCGAUGCGCGCACUCUGACCGUGCACGUGGCAUAGGUGCGUUCAGGGUUUUGUGUUCGAUAGUAAAGUUGUCCAUCGUUGCG